AUAUAUCAAAGUGUAGCCCAUAAGUGUAGCCCAUAAUCAGCACAGGCUAAGGACAAAUAUCUUUUGUGUAGGUUUACCUUUGGCAAUUGUUGGGUUUCCUUUGUAUCCCGCUAAACUGGGUUUACUUUGUUUUUCAGCAUCCCGUUAUCUACUGUUAUUGGUGUUUGGCACCGACUUGGGAACUCGUACCAGUGCCAUGGAGGCGUCUGGCUCUGCUUGUGUACUAGAGUAUAUGCCUGACCAUAACAAUAUGAGAACUGAGACGUCCUGUUAUCAUUUCCCAGUGGCUAUCAUUCCCAAGAAACGGCCCAUCUGUAUAGCCUCUUGUCUGAAAAUAAUCCUUUUAGGUGGUGUGAUUUUGUGUUGUGGAUACUGGAUCUACUUAGGCUCAACUGCUCACAAUGGUCGAAUGUGGUGGAGGACCGAAUUAGACAAGAAUCUGGAAAAUAGCCCUCAUAAUUUUAUGGCACCCAGCCAUCUGCGCGUCUGGAACUUCACCCUGUCCUAUUUGGAGAGAACCAAUCAAACAAAAAUCGCCAAAAUUAUUCAGUAUGAGUCACGGCAAUCCAAACUAUGUGUGUAUACGCAUAACAUGGGACGUCUAGGGAAUCGGAUAUUCCAAGUGGCGGGUUUGCUUGGCAUAGCUCGAGACAAAGGCAUGAGGCCUUUCUUUGAACUAGACAAUGAGCUUCUCACGCUUUUCCAACUUCCGGAUGUUGAAUUGCUGCCCCCUGGACAGUGUAAUCGGUUUCCCUCCCGUUUCGAACACAGGAUCAGAGCAUGCGAUCCUGAAACAUACAAUUUCAGUAACAAAAGAAGCCUACAGUUGAAAGGAUAUUUCCAAUCCUGGAAAUACUUCCGUAACAUCACAUCGUUUAUUCGACGCCAAUAUCAACUGCGACCUACAAUUAAGCAUGAAGCGAGCAUUGCAUUAAUGCGGACCCUUUUGUUACAAACGUUUUCACUGGAUAGAUUUUGGUCGAGUACUCUGGUAGCUGUCCAUGUCCGACGAACAGAUAUGGUGGGCUCAGAUGCCAACACAGCUCCCCCAUCUUAUCUGCAGCAUGCCACUCAGUACUUCCGCAAACUGUUCAGAAAUGUGCUGUUUGUAGCGGCAUCUGAUGACAUAACGUGGACAAUGAAGUACCUGCCGCACAACGACACAGUGUUUUUACAGGGUAACCGAGCAGAGCUAGACUUUGCCAUCUUGUCAAUGUGUGAUCAUACCAUUAUGACCAUUGGUACUUUCGGUUGGUGGAUCGCCUGGCUCGUCGAUGGUAUCACAACUUACUACAAGUAUCCACAUGUUAAAGACUCAUUUCUAGAUAACAAUACGGCACUAGACAAUUAUAUUCCACCAGGUUGGAUUGGUUUGGAGUGAAAUUUGCAUUAUUUAAUUUUUUGUAGUUCUUUAUGAGUCAUAUUAAAUUUUAACGUCUAUUAUAGUUUAAUGCCUGUUCUGUAACUCUUACAAAGAAUAACCCGAAUUGCUGUAAUCCCUCCCGCCACAUUCGCCAAUCAUUUUUACCUUUUGCAGAAUGAAAUGUUUGUUAGACCAAGCUGUCUGGAUUCCUCGACCUUGUGAAAAUAAAUUGAUGAACACUUGUAGAGUGUGAAAAACUCAAACCAAAUAAAGAAAUAAUUAUAAAUCA